AGAAAACUAGGAAGAUGCAACGCAAAAUAUUUGGUUCAGAGGUACGUGGCCCUUGCUUUGCAGAUGCAACGGCCGCUCACCAGCUAGUAGGCGAAGCUGUAAAUUACAAGCUUCAAUGCGAGGUUGUCGUCUUUGAAUCUUCGAUGUAUCAUGUAUGACGUAGCAUUGAAUUUCCUAUAUAUAUAUAUAUAUUCGCCGCUACGUGCAGCCAUCAUCAGCUUGCGAACCUGCAACACCGCUACCCAGACGAACAGUCAACUGUUCUAUUACUCUGAACUUACUGCGCCAUGGCAGGCAAACUUCCACUUGCACAACUGUCAUCCUUGCGUAUAACUAAACACCAAAUCCCCAAGCACGGUGGUAUCCCGAACACCUCUAUUCACAACAAACCACUCACAAUUUACCAUGGUGUAUUCCCCUCUCCGGACUUAACUGCCUCGCACAUCGAAUCGCACUUGAAGGCUGUCGAGGUUUGCAUCCCACAGUGGCGGUACACCAUGUUCGACACGACACACUUCCACUCGACCACGCAUGAGCUGCUCGUGAUUGCAUCUGGACAUGGAAGGCUGCUUUUCGGAGGCGAAGACAAUACAGGGAAGGUCGAAGAGGAGGUUACGAAGGGCGACGCGAUACUGGUGCCAGCGGGAGUUGGGCAUCGGCGACUAGAGGUGUCGCCUGACUUCGAGAUGGUCGGGUCGUACCCUGCUGGAAGCGCACAUUGGGACAUGUGCUACGGACGCAGAGGCGAGACUGGGGUAGAGGAAAGAAUCCGCAAGCUGGGAUGGUUUGAGAAGGAUCCUAUAUACGACGGGGAAGGACCUGCUCUGUCAGAUUAAAGGCCUGGUCUCACAACAGAAUGUAAAGCGAUCCACCUAGAUUCGUGAAACGCACUAUUUGUACCUGAAAAUUGAAGUCAACAUGAUACAAAAAGAGAUGCUGCGUACUACCCGCACACAUUGGUACUUGCAUCACGUCAAUAGUUUCAUGGUACCCGCAUAGAAGGGGGUGAAAACCACAUUUAUUGUUCCGGAGCCAGGUAUGUACGAAAGGAAGUCAGGCGAGGAGAAGGCAUGUAGGGGACCACCGACCCAUCUUCUCUCCAUGGGUUACCCCGGCGAAGAGACGACAAUUGGGUGCUAAGACAUCCCGUUGGUCUUGACACGACCUGACACUCGAACGACCGCGUGAUCACGCUGGAGAGACCAGACGAGCAGUCAUGAGCAACAUGGGGAAAAUUAUGGUCGUGUCGCCGCACGAAGAAAAGCAGAUGCGGCGCUAAGCGCUAUGAGGGAGAUAGUUUAGGGCAGGUCUCAACCUAUCCCGU